AUGGGGACAGGGGACAUUAGGGAUGAGUUCCCUGGGUCAGGAGGAGAAAGCGAUGAGCAUCAGAAGCCUGGAAAGGGCUGGGAGGGCUGGGAAGCAGGGGUGGGUGGAGGAGAGCUGGGACAAGACGAAGGGGUGCCGAACUGCGUCUCCACCCCCGACAGUAACAGGCAGGUGACCAUGGGCCACCACGUGGAGCAUCGCUGGGUCUCUCCGAUGCCCCUGCAGUGGAGGAUUACACAUAGCUCUCGCUGGAUGUCGCAGGUGUUGGCCUCAGAGCUCAGCCUGAUCGCCUUCAUCCUGCUGCUGGUCAUGGUCUUCUCCAAGAAAUGGCUGUACCUCUCGAGGGUCCGUUUCUACCAGCACUGGCCCAUGAAUGUUAGCACCAAAAUCGACACGUCGGUUCACAUGAUGUCCCUGGGGCUCCUGCAGAUCUGCAAAUCCAAGAGCUGUUCCAACUCAGAGAAUGGGAAAGUUUUCUUCACUUUAUUCACCCUCAUACUGUUGCCUAUUAACGUCUGGAUCUUCGAGCUGAAGAAGAAUUUAUCAAUCCCCAUCGGCUGGAGCUAUUUCAUUGGUUGGCUGGUGUUUAUCCUAUAUGUCACCUGUGCGGCGCUCUGCUACUUCAACCAUACAAGGUCCUGGUGUCUGAUUCUGAGCCAUCCCUCUGGCACCGUGUCCUCCAGCAGCUCCGUACACAAAUCUGUGAGUGAGCAAGUAGCCUCAAACACGGCUGUCGAUCAGGAGGAAGUCCUGGACCCUGAGUAA